AUUCUCUGCAACUCACAGCACUGGAUCCUAGAACACAGUUCUUCCUGGCUUCUCUGACUGUUGGCAGAGCCUCCGAAACGCGCGGAACCGGUGGCCCACAGCCCAGUCAGCUCUCCACCAAAAGGUCCCGCUCGCCCCACACCCGGCCAUGUCGUCCUACACCCGCGUGGCGUUGGUGACUGGCGCCAACAAGGGCAUCGGCUUCGCCAUCGCGCGUGAUCUGUGCCGGCAGUUCUCGGGGGAUGUGGUGCUCACCUCGCGGGACGCUGCUCGGGGCCGGGCGGCGGUGCAGCAGCUGCAGGCCGAGGGCCUGAGCCCGCGUUUCCACCAGCUGGACAUCGACGACCUGCAGAGCAUCCGCGCCCUGCGCGACUUCCUGCGCAAGGAGUAUGGGGGACUCAACGUGCUGGUCAACAACGCGGGCAUCGCUUUCAAGAUUGAUGAUCCAACGCCCUUUGACAUUCAAGCUGAGAUGACGCUGAAGACAAACUUUUUUGGCACAAGAAAUGUCUGCAUCGAAUUACUGCCGAUCAUAAAACCUCAUGGCAGAGUGGUGAAUAUCAGUAGUUUGCUGGGUUCCAAAGCCCUUGAAAACUGCAGCGAGGAUCUGCAGGAGAAGUUCCGGUGUGAGGCACUCACAGAGGAAGACCUGGUGGACCUCAUGAAAAAGUUUGUGGAGGAUGCAAAAAAUGAGGUGCAUGAGAGGGAAGGCUGGCCCAGCUCGGCUUAUGGGGUGUCCAAACUGGGGGUCACCGUCUUAUCGAGGAUUCUGGCCCAGCGUCUGGAUGAGAAGAGAAAAGCGGACAGGAUUCUGCUGAACGCCUGCUGCCCGGGGUGGGUGAAGACGGACAUGACGGGGGGACAGGGCUUCGAGACUGUGGAGGAGGGGGCUGUCACUCCUGUCUACCUGGCCCUCCUGCCUCCGGAUGCCACCGAGCCUCAGGGCCAGCUGGUCCGUGACAAAGUCAUCCAAAACUGGUGAACGUCUGCUUUGGCACUUGAUGCUUAAUAAAUGGGGAAUGAAUGAAUGCA